AUGGGCAUGAGGCAGUCCUUCCUCGUCACGCUGCUCCUGCAGUGCUUGGUUUUCAUCGACGGGGUGCGCACGGUUGUGGACACGUCUGAGGGUGCCGCGGCACGGAUUGCUGCCGCGGAUGCGCUUUCUUCGAGCUUGACCGUGCGUGAGCAAGAGAAUCCAUUGGUCAGCAUCCAUUUUGAGAUGGACCCCGCGGAGAUGCAGAAAAUGCUCGGCGACCGCCUGGAGCCGGACCUGUAUGAUGGUAAGGCGUUCAUCCAGGUAUCCGUCUUCUACAUCUCGAGUCUUUGGAUGAAGCUACCAGUAGUCUCGUUUACGCCAAGCAUGAUGUCGAGCUGGUGCAUGCGUAUUUCCGCUUAUGUGAAGAUGAAGGAGACCGAGGAGAAGGGUUAUGUGAUCCUGUCGGCGGAUUUCGAGGACUCGAUCUCUGGCAGCAUCAUGACGAACGGUUGCAAGAAGUCCCAGCUCGGAACCAAAUGUGGUACCGUGGCGGUGUAUGAGUUGAACUUGAACCAGACGGUUGAGAGUGACAGCAAGUUGUUCUCAGUGUUUCAGAAUGGGACGGAGAUCCUGCACGUCGACGCGACGUUGCAGCCUCUUUCCAACUUGCCCUUUUGGAACUGGGCCAACGAGCGGUACGCACGCUUCCGUUUGAGCGAGGACAAGAAGACCUUGGAACGUGGCGAGCAACCUCCGAAGCACAAGACCUUCAGUGGCAACUUCCAGGUACAGCCAGCCGACGCCAUCGACCCCAUGUGGUUCAAGGUCUUCCAGACCAAGUUUGCGGCGUAUGGUUGGGGAUACCUCGACGCCCCGAAACCAGAUCCCUGUGGGCAGGGCAGGUGUUUCUACUCAAAGGAGGCGGUCUUUGUGGACGAGGACGCCAAGAAGGUCUGA